AUGUGCCUACGAAGAUUACAGUUUAUUUUCUGUCUUUUACUUUUAGCUAUUAUACCUAAUUGUUAUGCUCCACCAAUUCAACAAGAUACUAAAGCAACUAGUAAUUUGCCUGUAGUAUCAAUCUUUAGAACUAUACUCUUGGGAUACAUGACUCAUGUCAUAACUAUACGACCUAAAAAAGGUGUCGGCAAGUUUGGCACUCUUCAUCGCCGUGCUAUAGCAUUUGCUUACCCUUCCAGCGGAAUUGGCUUAGCAAUAGGGCCUAUAUACAAAUCACUCUAUGGAGAUAGAAUACUCGGAAUUUUCCAAUAUCAAUCCUUGUUAAGAUCCUACGAAAAAGAAACCAAAUCCAAAGACACAGAGAGAAAGGAUGACAAGUCUCAGGAUCCAACCGAUACAGCUUUAAAAGACUCGCUGCUUUUGACAAUUAAGUCCACCAUACAAUACGAUAAAAUUAGUGCCGAUGAUAACAAAAAGCUUUCGUCAGAGAAACUUCAUUCAAAAUCUGUUCAUAUACGGGAUCGAUUAGUCAGUGACUUGAAGGCAAGAAAUAUUUAUAUUGGAGAAGACGACAAUUCACCCUACCUUGCAGCAUUUCUAUAUUUACUUGGCCCCGAAAAAGCAAAGAAAACAAAGCACUGCAUUUUAAAUACUUCUUUGAUUAUUGGUUCCAACAAUAUUGACCAGACUGAAUCCAGUGAUUCCUACUGUGCGACGGAAGGGAUGAUUGUUACUGGCCCAGGUGCAGCUAGUAAAUACCAAAAAAAGGUUCUGGCAAGCCAAGUCCGUUACAUGACAGUCGAUAUGAUAGACCAACUUGAGACGGCACAUAAUAUGGACGACACCUCGUAUGUUGAAUCAUUUGUUACAAUUGGACAACUGUUCUUUACCACAAUCGAAUGCAUGGAUCUAGACGGAGACCGUUGGGCCAAGGUUAUCAUUAUCAUAUACACUACAAUGUCAGUCCUUCAAACCGUCUCUCUUGUUAUGUUGCACAAGCAAACGAUGGCCUUUAGUAUUAAGGAUGAUAAAGACGAAGAAGCAUCGCUUAAAAGUGACAGUUUUAUCCUAACCAAAGAGGAUCGCAAACUCUUGGGAGAAUUUAGUGACACCCUCAUGUUUGAAGAAGAAGAUAUUGCCAUCAUCUCCAUGCUUGUGGGAAUGAUAGUAUUCUUGAUUUUUGGGGUGUGGGCAAACUAUGGAAGUCACGGUACAACAGAAUGGCUCGUAAUAUCCUGGAUCCUUAGUCCUAUUUCUCUUUGUCUUGUUACCGGUUAUCUGGUUGGGUUCGAUAAAGACAAAGUGUGGAUAAUUUUAUGGGUUUCUCUUCUAUCAUUUGGUGCUGUUGGAUGUCUUAUUGCUGCUACGUUGUGGAUAGAAGCUACAAAAAUUAGUAUUCAGAAUAACUUGAUUUUUCAUGCCUUAAAGUUUUGGGGAUCAAAUACGGUGAGCAGCUUUCAAGAAAUAGUGGACCAUGUCAGUAUUAAUUAUAUCAACUAG